GAAGAGGCCCGAACAAAGCUGAUUCAGUUGGAUCGGCCGGCCCGUGAACUACUGAUCUGGUCAAUACUCGUGGGCAAGUUGCGAAUGUGCGAAUUGUUCUGGACAAUGGAAAAGGAACCUAUCGCCGCAGCGCUGAUGGCUUCUAUCCUCCUCUCAGCGUUGAGUUGCAAAACGGACGACUUUACGGACAAGGAGGACUACCGAAAUUACGCCAAAGGAUUCCAGGAGAAGGCAGAAGGUGUGCUGAACGAGUGCUAUCGUGAGGAUGAACAUCGCGCCCAGCUUAUCAUUAAUCACGAAUUAUCCUACUACGGUCACAGCUCUGUGAUCAAACUGGCUGCGGAGGGACAGAGUAUCAAGUUCAUGGCUCAUCCCUGCUGCCAGGAUUUUCUCACAAACACCUGGAAGGGAAAUCUUUCCUCCAAAAAUAGCAUGUUCAGGGUGCGUCAGGGUGGCAUAACUUCCCUUGGUCGUUUUUUAAAAUUAUGCUUUCUAGUACCUUUCUAA